UCAAGCGCCACGCCAGCCCGCCCGCGUCCAUGCAGCCCCGCCAGCAACCGUUGCCCGCGCCUGGGCCCGGGGGCCCGCGGCCCCUCACCCCGCCGCUAGCGCUGCUGCUGUUGCUCGCCCUCCGGGGGGCGGGCGCGGCACCCGCGGGGUCCUGGGAGCCCGAGGACUCUGGGUGGGUCCAGGACGCGGAGUUCCCGAGCAGGCUCCUGCAGCAGGCGGCGCGCGCGGCGCUGCACUUCCUCAACUUCCGCGUGGGUUCGCCCAGCGCCCUGCGAGUGCUGUCCUCGGUGCAGGAGGGGCGCGCCUGGGUUAAUUCAAAGAAGGAAAGUCAAGUUGAUCUGGUGUUCACCACAGAGCGCUAUCACCCAGAGGAAGGUGAGGAGGAACCUUUGAGUAAGUGUUCUGCUCGAGUGAUUUUCAAGAAUGAGAAGCCCAGACCGGCCAUUAAUGUCACCUGUACACGGUUCAUGGAGAAGAGCGAAAGACAACAAGCGGAUUACCUGCUUUACAAACAUAUGAAGCAACUUAAAAACCCCUUGGAUGUAGGCAGCAUACCCGACAGUUACGGACAUAUCGAUCCCUCUCUGAGGCCCAUGUGGGAUUUGGCCUUCCUUGGCAGCUCUUACGUGAUGUGGGAAAAGACAACGCAGUUUUUACAUUACUACAUGGUACAGCUCAGCGGCGUGAAGCAGUGGAAAACAGAUGAUAAUGCGAUUGACUUUGAUUAUACUGUUCUGCUCCAUGAAUUCUCAACACAGGAAAUCAUCCCCUGUCGUAUUCACUUGGUCUGGUACCCUGGCAAGCCCCUCAAGGUGAAGUACCACUGUCAGGGGCUUCAGGCACCAGAAGAAGCCUCUGGAACUGAGGAAGGAUCUGCGGUGGCGCCAACAGAACUCAGUAAUUUCUGAAAAAAAAAUCUGCUUAUCCCAAAAUUUUAGAAUCCCAAAAUGACUGUGCUAAAUAGCCUAAAUCAUUAUUCUAGUAAAAUAGCUAAGGUAUAAGGCUUUCCAAUAAUUCAGGAAAGCCUGUGAUGCUCAAAAGUGAAAAGAUGCUGAGAUUUUUUAAAAGAUAAUAAAUGUAUUUCAAUGAAUGCAAAUUGUAGGAAAAGUGUUGUAUGUUUAAAAGGAAUUUUACUACUUCUUAUGAUUUCAAGCAAAGUAUUCUUAUAACUUGAUAGCUUUUAAAUAAAGGCUUACAUUUCUAAAUAAA